GAUAGAAUCUCAAAACUUCGGAAGGUGGAUUCAAAUCACAUAAGGAGCGGACUGCAAUAGACGCGGAUAGAGAGAAAUGUCUCAAGCUGCGGAGGAGGACAAGAAGCCCGGCGGCGAUCAGUCCGCCGCUCACAUCAACCUCAAAGUCAAAGGACAGGAUGGCAAUGAAGUGUUCUUCCGGAUCAAAAGAAGCACUCAACUGAGGAAGCUCAUGAAUGCCUACUGUGACCGACAGUCAGUGGAUUUUAAUUCGAUAGCUUUCCUAUUUGAUGGGCGUCGUCUUCGUGCUGAACAGACUCCAGAUGAGCUGGAGAUGGAAGAUGGUGAUGAAAUUGAUGCGAUGUUGCACCAAACUGGAGGCAUGCGUCUGUAAACAUUAUUGAUCUUUGUGGAGAUGAACUUUUGUUAAUGUUUCGAGCUUGUCUGAUGAUGUGUAAUGUGAGAUAAUACUGUUUGAUUUGCUUGAUCUCAGCCAGUUAUGUUAUCUAGUAGUAAUCUUAGCCUGUGGUACUGUAAGACUUUCUGGCUCAAUUUGGUUAUCUAUUUUGUUGCUAAAAGUGACUAUUUUGUCUACAAGGUGCUAUUUUGUUGGCUCA